GCAAAGAAAUAAACGAACUAUACGUCCACCAGUACUCUAAAAUUUCAAGUUUCCUCAAAAAUGUCAAUUCUCUCUCCGGCAACCACGGCAAGCUCAGCGAACUCACCGCCACAAGCAUCUCCAGAGUUCAAUGCGAACUGCCAGUCUAUCCCUUCUCUUCCUUUUCCGAAUAAUCCCCACCUCUCGUUCCUCCCGCUUCGCUCCAAUCCCACUUCACGCCGCCGCAUUCUCCAGGCCACGUUUUCCCCCCAGCCGCCUCCACUGUCGGACCCGCCUCCCGAAAAUGACCCUAUUCUGCCCGAAGGCAAUUUUGCAAGUUUCUCUGGACUUCAGGACCGUGUUCAGAUCUUCUUAGCUGUUCUUUUGUGGAUAUCUCUGUUCUUUUGGUCUGCUGCAUGUGAUGGAAGGAACAACGGCAGUGGUAGACCAAACAAGUGGUCUCAAUUUAGAAGAUGACAUAGUAAGCAUUUAAUAUACAUAUGUGAGUGUCUUUGAGGGAGUAGUAUUAGAUUGUAUACAUGGGGCAAAGUACAUUGUUGUCUAUAUAGAUAGUUUUCUAGCCUUAUUUACAUUUAUUUUUAUAAGCAAAGUGGAAUUAGGAAAUUUUCAAUGGUUCAAUUUAAAAUGAAAUGUUCACAUUCCAUACUUGAAUAUGGAUGGAGAUUCUUUCUUGUUUUGUAGGAGCUUAUACUGAGCUGAUUGUUUUUCUCUGUCUAGGAAGGAUCUGAAUUAUGAAACGUCUAUUGAAGUUAUGGCCAUUGAAUGCUUUUGGUUGUA